AUGCUGGCUGUGUCCCUCAAGUGGCGGCUGGGCGUGGUGAGGCGGCGGCCCAAAGACGAUGGGCCUUACUCCAAAGGAGGCAAGGAUGCGGGAGGGACGGACGUGGCCCUGGCAUGCCGCAGACAGAGCAUUCCAGAGGAGUUCCGCGGGGUCACUAUGGUGGAGCUGAUCAAGAAGGAAGGCAGCACGCUGGGCCUGACCAUCUCAGGUGGCACCGACAAGGAUGGGAAGCCCAGGGUCUCCAACCUGAGACCGGGGGGGCUCGCCGCCAGGAGUGACCUGCUGAACGUGGGCGACUAUAUUCGGUCAGUGAAUGGGAUCCAUCUGACCAGGCUCCGCCAUGAUGAGAUCAUCACCCUGCUCAAGAAUGUGGGCGAGCGCGUGGUGCUGGAGGUGGAGUAUGAGCUGCCCCCGCCCGCCCCUGAGAACAACCCAGGGAUCAUCACAAAGACAGUGGACGUCUCCCUGUACAAGGAGGGCAAUAGCUUUGGCUUUGUCCUCAGAGGGGGUGCCCAUGAAGAUGUACACAAGACCCGCCCGCUUGUCCUGACCUACGUCCGGCCUGGUGGCCCCGCUGACAGGGAAGGCUCCUUGAAGGUGGGGGACAGGCUGCUCAGUGUUGACGGGAUCCCGCUGCACGGGGCCAGCCAUGCCACUGCCCUGGCCACGCUACGGCAAUGCAGCCACGAGGCGCUCUUCCAGGUGGAGUACGACGUGGCCAUCCCAGAUACGGUGGCCAGUGCUUCAGGGCCCUUGAUAGUGGAGAUAACCAAGAUGCCUGGGUCAGCUCUGGGGAUCUCACUCACCACUGGCUCCCAGCGGAACAAGCCAAUCAUCACCAUUGACCGCAUCAAGCCGGCCAGCGUGGUGGACAGGAGUGGGGCCCUGCAUGCUGGAGACCACAUCCUGUCCAUCGACGGUACCAGCACGGAACACUGCUCGCUGCUUGAGGCCACCAAGCUCCUGGCCAGUGUGGUGGAGAGAGUGCGGCUGGAGAUCCUGCCUGCACCCCAAAGUCGGCGGCCCCUGAAGCCCUCAGAGGCAGUGAAGGUGCAGAGGAGUGAUCAGCCACACCGCUGGGACCCCUGCGUGCUCUCCUGUCACAGCCCCCGGCCCGGCCACUGCAGGACGCCCACCUGGGCCACACCUGCUGGCCAGGACCAGAGCCGAUCCUUGUCCUCGACUCCCUUUUCCUCGCCGACCAUGAAUCAUGCCUUUCCCUGCACCAAUCCCAGCACCCUUCCCCGUGGAUCCCACCCCAUGAGCCCCCGGACUACGAUGGGGCGGAGGAGGCAGCGAAGAAGGGAACACAAGAGCACAUUGUCACUGGCCUCCAGCACGGUGGGGCCUGGGGGACAGAUCGUGCACACGGAGACCACGGAGGUCGUGCUCUGCGGAGACCCCCUCAGCGGCUUUGGCCUCCAGCUCCAGGGAGGCAUCUUCGCCACCGAGACCCUGUCCUCCCCGCCUCUCGUGCGCUUCAUCGAGCCCGACAGCCCGGCAGAGAGGUGUGGGCUGCUGCAGGUCGGGGAUCGGGUCCUGUCCAUCAACGGGAUUGCCACCGAGGACGGGACGAUGGAGGAAGCCAACCAGCUGCUGCGGGACGCGGCGCUGGCCCACAAGGUCGUGUUGGAGGUCGAGUUUGACGUGGCAGAGUCCGUCAUCCCAAGCAGUGGCACCUUCCACGUGAAGCUGCCCAAGAGGCGAGGCGUGGAGCUGGGCAUCACCAUUGGCUCGACCAGCAGGAAGCGAGGAGAGCCCCUGAUCAUCUCUGACAUCAAGAAGGGCAGUGUGGCACACAGGACCGGCACCCUCGAGCCAGGCGACAAGCUGCUGGCCAUCGACAACAUCCGCUUGGACAACUGCCCCAUGGAGGACGCUGUGCAGAUCCUGCGGCAGUGCGAGGACCUGGUGAAGCUGAAGAUCCGGAAGGAUGAGGACAACUCUGAUGAGCAGGAGACCACAGGGGCGAUCAGCUACACAGUGGAACUGAAACGUUACGGGGGUCCCCUGGGCAUCACCAUUUCGGGCACAGAGGAGCCUUUUGACCCCAUUGUUAUCUCAGGCCUCACCAAGCGUGGUCUCGCUGAGAGGACUGGCGCUAUCCACGUUGGGGAUCGUAUCCUGGCCAUCAACAGCGUUAGCCUCAAGGGCCGGCCUCUGAGUGAGGCCAUCCACCUCCUACAGGUGGCUGGCGAGACUGUCACACUGAAGAUCAAGAAGCAGCUAGACCGCCCCCUCCCAUGCCGCAAGUCGGGCAGCCUCAGCGAGGCCAGCGAUGCAGAUGAGGACCCACCAGAGGCACUCAAAGGAGGCCUGAUGGCAGCCCGGUUCUCAUCCGCUGUGCCCAGUGUGGAUAGUGCUGUGGAGUCCUGGGACAGCUCGGCCACAGAGGGUGGAUUCGGGGGCCCAGGCUCCUACACUCCGCAGACGGUGGCUCGGGGCGUGACCCCCCAGGAGUGGCGGCCCAGCCGGCUGAGAAGCAGCCCCCCACCCACCGAGCCCCGGAGGACGAGCUAUACCCCGGCCCCCACGGACGAGAGCUUCCCCGAGGAGGAGGAAGAGGAGGAUUGGGAGCCACCAACUAGCCCAGCCCCUGGCCCUGCCCGUGAGGAGGGCUUCUGGCGCAUGUUCGGGGAAGCGCUCGAAGACCUGGAGUCAUGUGGUCAGUCAGAGCUGCUGAGGGAACUGGAGGCAUCCAUCAUGACGGGCACGGUGCAGAGUGUGGCCCUUGAGGGCAGGCCCAGCCACCGGCCCUGGCGGAGGGGCCAGGAGGCACGAGCGUCCCCUGAAGAGAUGCAGGAGCUGCUGCUGCCGACACCCUUAGAGAUGCACAAGGUGACCCUGCACAAGGACCCCUUGCGGAAUGACUUUGGUUUUAGCGUCUCUGACGGCCUCCUGGAGAAGGGUGUCUAUGUCCACACUGUGCGCCCUGAUGGGCCAGCCCAACGUGGGGGCCUCCGGCCCUUCGACAGGGUUCUUCAGGUCAACCAUGUUCGCACGUGGGACUUUGACUGCUGCCUGGCCGUGCCGCUCCUGGCGGAGGCAGGUGACGUCCUGGCGCUGGUCAUCAGCCGCAACCCACUGACCCAGAGCGGCCGAGCCCCACGAGCACCAGGCCCCAACAGCCCCCGGAUGCUUUGA